CGUCAGGUGGGCGUUCGGCAGAUCCGACGCCUCGUGUGGAAAAGAGCCACGCACGCCUGAAUCUCUUGGGAUCGAUCGUUCCGACUUCCUGUUCGUCAGGCAGCCUGCGACCUGGCGGUGCAAAUCCGGUCGCCGUAGGACGACGGCUGGUACUCCUGCGGCUGCCUCCCCGCAUCUACCGACCCACCGCCGACCCACCUCCUCCCCUUCCCCUCACCGACUCGCCUCCUCCCCUUCCCCUCCGCCGCCACCAUCCUGAUUGCCUCGCCCGCUCUCGGGAAAAAAAAAGUGAGCCCGUCUGGCUGGUGGCCGAGUCAUCCUCGCCGGCCUGGGAGCCGAGCCACCUGCCUCCCGCUGCGUUUGUGGGCUUCUCGUGGCCUCCGGGACGUGCGGCGCUCCUCUCUCUCUCGGCCUCUCCCACUUUCCAAGCGCGCGAGAGCGACGACAGGGGAGUGGCGCCGCCUUGCCAGCUCUUCGACGGGCGGCGCUCCGCCGGCCGACAAGCAUAUUCUUUUCCCAGUAUGAGUAAAUGCAGACCAUAAAGCGCUUGCCGGAGAGCGUUCAUAGCUCGUUGCGUUCAAGCGUUGUUCUGUCUGACCUGCCAAGGGUUGUUGAGGAGUUGAUAUAUAAUAGCAUUGAUGCCAAUGCGAGCAAGAUUGACAUUGCAAUAAACAUCAGAGCAUGUUAUGUAAAAGUGGAAGAUGAUGGUUGUGGUAUUACACGAGAUGAAUUGGUUCUCUUGGGAGAAAAAUAUACAACAUCCAAAUUUCAUAAUGUGAUGGAGGACAAGGAACUUAGUCCUAGAAGUUUUGGACUAAAUGGAGAAGCACUCGCAUCACUUUCUGAUAUCUCUGUGGUUGAAGUCAGGACGAAAGCUCGUGGGAGACCAAAUUCAUAUUGCAAGAUAAUAAAGGGAUCUAAAUGCUUACAUCUGGGAAUAGAUGACAAGAGGGAAAUGGUUGGCACCACAGUUGUUGUUCAGGAGCUUUUUUACAAUCAACCAGUACGGAGGAAACAAAUGCAAUCUAGUGAGAAAAGAGAAUUACAUCAUGUGAAGAAGUGUGUCCUGCAAAUUGCGCUUAUUCAUCCACAGAUUUCAAUCAGACUCCUUGACAUUGACAGCGAAGAUGAAUUGCUAAACACAGCUUUUUCAUCAUCCCCUUUGCCCCUUAUAUCAAAAAGUUUUGGGGAUGAUGUCUCCAGAUGUCUCCAUGAGAUAUCUGCCUCUGACCAGAGCUGGGUUCUUUCAGGGCAUAUAUCUGGACCUGCAGAUGUGUUUCGUACGAAGGAUUUUCAAUACUUGUACAUCAACUCAAGAUUCGUGAAUAGAAACCCGAUUCAUAAUAUGCUCAAUAAUCUGGCGUCUAGUUUUCAAUCUUCCAUUAUGAGGACAAAUGAAGAAAUUGAUGUUCAGAGCAGGAAGAGGCAGAAGACUGAUAUAUACCCUGCUUUUCUACUGAACAUUUGCUGUCCUAGAUCUAGCUACGAUCUACAUUUUGAGCCUACAAAAACCAUCGUGGAAUUCAAGGAUUGGCAAACCGUCUUGCUUUUCUUUGAACAAACUAUCACAAACUACUGGAAGAAGAAUGCACUGCAAUCACCAAAAGCUGAUGGAGUUUGCGCUGGCGGUACCAGUGUGCCUCUAAAAAAUGAUGUGAAAUUGAAUAAGGGACUCCUAAGGCAUCAUAAUGUGCAGAACAAUGAAGAGUACGCUAACUUCCAAAACACUCAGCAGAAGAAUGCAGUCAGAGAUAUCAACAGUGAUAUGAGUGCCACAGGAUUACAGAAAGACUCACGCUGCUUUUCUUUUGAUAUGGAGCCAUCCAUACAGCAUGUCUCUUUUUCUGGACAGGUCACUAAUUCACCCUGGCUCACUGACAAUGUUGCCAGUAUUGAUUACAAGUUAGGGUAUAAGGUAAUGCAAUCUCCUGAAAGAAUCAAUUAUCGCUGGUUAGAGGAUGGUCCUUCCCAGUUAGAUGCUGAUCUUUCAAGUGUUAACCCAACUGGUCGGAAAAGGCAAAGGACAGAAGGUAUAUUCCAUGAGUGUGCAUAUUCUGGUAAUUUUGGGAUGUUGGAGGACAUACCAACUGAAGGUUUUUUAGCUCACAAACAAGAAUCUGAGUUGAUUGGUUCAGAAGUUGAAAUACGAGAACCUUGCUUUGGGUCUUUCAAUAGGUCAGACAAAUUGAGGUCUGAUUUGGUGCAAAAUCAAACAAACGUAAAGGCAUUCACAUCUGGCUGGGAUGGAUCCUGUGUUGAGUUUGAUAAAACAAAUGGGGAUUGCCUACUCAAUGAAGCUACAGAUACAAUUACUAAUAUUUCUUUCCCCGAUAUGUUACAGUUCAGUGAUGGAUUUUAUCAUAAUGAUGUUAACACCUCCAGGAGCUUCUGUAGAGUUUUGAGAAAGUGCAGCAUCAAUAAGAAGUUAGGGACUGCAACUGGAUGUGUUGAAGGCCUUGAAGCUGAUACUGUAAGCCAGAUGAACUUCCCUGAUAUUCAUGCUGUGUGGAACAGUGACUUGAUGGAUAGGUCCUGCAUUGGGGAUACUUCCCAUCAUUUUUCACAUCUAUCCUCAUUGGAUGAUACACCUUGCAGUCGUGCAAGGACUGGCUGGAUACUUCACAAGAAAUCAGAUAAAAGCUUUGGUUCUUGGAACUGUGAAAAUAUUGACAGCGAUGUUAGAUUUGCCUUGGACAGAUUUAGCAAUGUUUCAUCAAUGAUAUGUGAAGGAACUAAAAAUUUGGAUAACUUUGACAGGGCAAUACAGCCGCUUAAUUACUUCAAUAAGGAUUGUGGUUCAACUGACCAGUUUGGUUCUGAAGAUGACCUGAUAAUGUGGAAAUCAAAAUUUGACACAAGAUUUUCAGUUGAUAUUUCUCCCGAGAGAAAUGAUAAUGGUUGCCAUUUGAACGUCCCUUCUUUUAAUAUGGCAAAUGCCAACUCACUUGCUAAAGAUCUGCUGAAUCAACGCAACCUUGGACUGGACCAGAGAUCCAGGCCUUCCAAGGGCAGUAGAUCUAGGUGUCAUUCUGCUCCACCAUUUUAUAGAGUGAAACAGAAAUUCUCUCGAUUAAAUGAGCUACUGAGCAAAUUGGCCAUAGAUGGCGAUAAAGGUAUCUGCACUAACAGCCCUGAAGGCAAUGCAUCUACUACACCUGUGGAUAUCUCACGUAUGAGUUCAACCCAGCCUGUUCCUGAGACUGAUAGCGGUGAAUUUCCAGACUUAAGUUUCAGCUCGAAUGGAUUUGUGAAAUUUGGAGAUGCAUGUUCUGAUGGGCUUGAGGAUUCACCUGCUCAGAUAACUAAAUGGCGAGAUGACUCUGGCCAGCAUACAGCUUCAAACAUGCCGCAUGGUCCUUUUGAAUGCUAUGAUGAUGUACUUAGCAUUUCUUCUGGGACCUUGCAUCUCUCUUGUAACUCGCUAGUUCCUGAAUGUGUUGACAAGAACUGCUUUGAGGAGGCAAGGGUCUUAUUGCAGCUGGACAAGAAAUUUAUUCCUGUGAUAUCUGGGGAAACUAUCCUCCUUGUUGAUCAGCAUGCAGCUGAUGAAAGGAUACGUUUAGAGGAGCUUCGUAGAAAGGUUUUAUCAGAAGAAGGCCAUGUUGUCACUUACUUGGACUCUGAGGAGGAAUUAUCUCUCCCUGAGACUGGGUUUCAAUUAUUCCAGAAGUAUGCUGAGCAGAUUCGGAAAUGGGGCUGGAUCAUCAGCAGUGGUAGCAAUUCCUCUGAAUCAUUCAAAAAGAACAUGAAUAUUCUGAGGAGACAAACCCGUCUUGUUACUCUUGUUGCUGUCAUCGAACAUUAUAUAAGUUGUUUGAUAUCUGUAAUUGUACACAUAGUAAUGACAAGAAUGAGACGGAAUGGUGAACCGAGAUCUUCAAAGGUUCCAUGUAUUUUGGGUGUCAAUUUGACAGGGAAAGAUCUCAUGGAGUUUAUCCAGCAGCUUGAUGAGACUGAUGGGUCAUCAGCAAUGCCCCCAGCAGUUCUCCGUAUUCUUAACUUCAAAGCUUGCAGAGGGGCGAUCAUGUUUGGUGACCCCUUGCUACCAUCCGAAUGCUGUCUGAUUAUUGAAGAGCUGAAAGCAACAUCCCUAUGCUUCCAGUGUGCUCAUGGGCGCCCGACCACAGUGCCUAUAGUGAACGUCGCAUCCCUCCACGGCGAGCUGGUGAGGCACCAAAUGCUGAGCGGAAGGCAGGCGGAGACAUGGCACGGCUUGGCGCACCAAGGGCCCAGCCUUGAGCGUGCUCAGAUGCGCCUCAAACAACUGAGAAAGCUGCACCGUGGCCUGUAGCUGUAGGAACAUAUCGAAUGGUUGAAGUCAGAUAAACGGGAGCGUGAUUUGUACAGUUUGUAGAGAAGGGAGUGGAAUUCCACUGUGCUGUAGUACCAUUGUACAUAUGAUAGACAUUCCUUCCUGAUGAGGAGAUAAAACGGCGCCCAUCAUCACCUGAGAGGCGACUGGGAUUUGCCUUGGCGUUGUUGUAAACUGUGUACAUUCUGGUUUGUUAUAUCAAUGCAUACCAUUCAUGACGGUUAAGAGUUGA